UCCAGCAGCGCGCCCAGGCGCAGCUAUGGCAACCAGUCCUCGGAGAGUCACUUCCGGGUGAUCCGGAAGGUGUUCUCAGACAAUUUUUCCUUCCCUCCUUCCCCUGCCGUCCGAGCUCAUUGGCGCCUGCUGCCUGGCCCAACCUCAGACCCAAAGGCCACACUCAAGCUAUGCUUCAUGGACUCCGGGGGCAUCUUGAAGGCAUUUCCCAAGCGGAAGAAAAUUCAUUCCAAUUCAUCAUUAAAAGCCGUGGUGAAGAUUCCCAAAAGAGAAGAAGGCACAGCAGCAGGAGAGUGGUUCCACUCCCUGCGGGUCCACGUUGUACCCACCGGCAUUGGACGAGCCCGCGCAGAGCUCUUUGAGAAGCAGAUUGUUCAGCAUGGUGGGCAGGUGUGCCCUGCUCAGGCCCCGGGCGUCACGCACAUCGUGGUGGAUGAGGACAUGGACUGCGAGCGGGCCCUCCGCCUCCUGAGGCUGCCCCGGCUGCCCACGGGAGCUCAGCUGGUGAGGUCAGCCUGGCUGAGCUCUUGCCUACAGGAAAGGAGGCUGGUGGACACGGCUGGAUUCUGUGUCUUCAUCCCUAGCAGAUACCUGGACCAAGCACCAGCCAGCAAGGCGGGUCGAGACUCAUCGACUCCUAGCACCCACAAGGCUCUGCCUGAGACAGUCCUCUCUCCUCCCCCUCCUCCCACCAGACCCGUAUCUCCACCCCAAAAAGCAGAGAAAGCACCAAGCACUCAAGCCACCCAGCCUGUCUCCGAUGACGAAGCCAGUGAUGGGGAAGAGCCCCAGGUUAGCGCAGCUGAUCUGGAAGCCCUGAUCACCGGCCACUACCCCAGCCACCCGGAGGGAGAUGCGGAGCCUGGCCCAGCCCCAGAGGCCCUGACGAAGUGGGUCUGUGCCCAGUCCUCCAGCCAGAAGGCAACCAACCACAACUCCCAUGUCACAGAGAAACUGCAAGUGUUGGCCAAAGCCUAUAGUGUCCAAGGGGACAAAUGGCGGGCUCUGGGCUAUGCCAAAGCCAUCAACGCCCUCAAGAGCUUCCACAAGCCUGUCACCUCCUAUCAGGAAGCCUGCAGUAUCCCCGGGAUCGGGAAGCGGAUGGCUGAGAAGAUCGUAGAGAUCCUGGAGAGUGGCCACCUGAGGAAGCUGGAUCACAUCAGUGACAGCGUGCCCAUCCUGGAGCUUUUCUCCAACAUCUGGGGGGCCGGAAGCAAGACUGCCCAGAUGUGGUACCAACAGGGUUUCCGGAGCCUGGAAGAUAUCCGCAGCCAGGCUUCCCUGACUGCCCAGCAGGCCAUUGGCCUGAAGCAUUACGAUGACUUCUUAGAGCGCAUGCCCAGGGAGGAGGCCGCAGAGAUCGAGCAGACGGUCCGGGAAGCUGCACAGGCCUUCAACCCCGGGCUGCUAUGUGUGGCAUGCGGCUCGUUCCGGCGAGGGAAGGCUACCUGUGGGGACGUAGAUGUGCUCAUCACUCACCCGGAUGGUCGGGCCCACCAGGGCAUCUUUAGUCGCCUCCUUGACAGCCUUCGGCAGCAAGGGUUCCUCACAGAUGACCUGGUGAGCCAGGAAGAAAAUGGACUGCAACAGAAGUACCUGGGCGUGUGUCGGCUCCCAAGCCCCGGGCGGCGGCACCGAAGGCUGGACAUCAUCGUGGUACCCUACAGCGAGUUUGCCUGUGCCCUACUCUACUUCACCGGCUCUGCCCACUUCAACCGGUCCAUGCGGGCCUUGGCCAAGACCAAGGGCAUGAGCUUGUCAGAGCAUGCUCUCAGCAGGGCUGUGGUCCGGAACAGCCAAGGUGUCAAGGUGGCGCCUGGCCAGGUACUUCCCACUCCCACAGAGAAGGAUGUCUUCAGACUGUUAGGGCUGCCUUACCGAGAACCAGCUGAGCGGGACUGGUGACCCCCUGGUGCCCACCCCGGCAGGACUCUCCUCCAGCCUCGCCUCAGCUGGCCAUUUGGGUCCCCAGCUGUUCACAGCCCUGAGCUUGGGGCUUCCAGGACCUACCCAGCCCUCUCCUGGUAGGGUUGGCACAGUCCUUGCCCCCUUUGAAACAGCAGCAGGUGGCUGAUUUGAAGCCAGCUUUCUGUGCUGAGGGUCCCGGCAUCACCCUAUCCUCAGUGGUCCCAGUUGCUGGGGACAGGAGGGAAGCAGCUGGGGCCCCAGCAUCGUGCGGGACCCUCUGGAGCUCAGAGUGAGGCAUUCCUUCCACUCUCCCCUACUUCCUGUGCAGCUGGAGCUGCUGGGAAGGGGGCACCCUUGGCUUGAUGAGGACAGCAUUGGGAGGCCCAGGGACCCAGUAAAGUGCAUUGGAUGUUGAA